GUCAUUUCGAAUUCCUGAGACUGCGCAACCGGGACGAGCCCACUUCCUUACCGCAUCGUCCACGAUCAACAUGGCCCAACCCCUGUCUCCUUCGAGCAUUGCAAGUGAUCUCUCAUUCGUGGAGCAUGAAGACUAUCUCUCGUCCGACUGCUUUUCGGAACCUGGAUCCGAAGGUCCCAUCAGCCAUGUGAUUGGUUUGGGUCAACCGGUGGCACCUCUUGGUCGCCCCACCAUCAAGCUGCCGAAGUUGAAUCCAACGCAUAUUAACAUCGCGCGGGAACGGCAGAUUGCUCUCAACAUGAUCGGAUCGGCCCAACAGAGGAUGGUGCCGUCGUACAUUGCAAACAAGCCGCCGCCCAUUGGCAAACGCAGCCAGAAUCGAUAUUUCAACGACCACCACUUUGGUAACCGCGCCGCGACGGCGACGUUGGAGGAGUUAAUGGAGCACAUGAACGUGUCUGUGGAUUGGAAGAGCAACUUUGAAGAGUUGGCGCGCCCUGAAAACCAAGAGCUCGCAGAGGCAUUUCGCAACGUCAAGGAGCCAACCCAUGCACGCACCAACGCCAAGCAAAACGGAACCCAUCGCGCCAAACCCGCCACUGACUGGACUGAGGCGGACGACAUGUUUACGCGCGUUGAUAAGCGAGCGCGCUCGAUCCUUCUUUCGUCCUUUGUAUCAAUGCAAGAGUUCAUUGAAGCCGUGGAAAGCUUCGUCGUACAUUUCGUUCAGUGGAAUGAGGUCCAGUCAGCCAACGUGCUUUCGCCAAGGCUUACCAGCUGGCUCGCGGCACCCAUGACGAUUGAUAUUGUGACACCAAUGGUGCGCGAUGCGAAGGCGGCCGGUACCCGGUCCAAGCCAGCCAAGCACUCCGAGACAGUAUUGGUCGUCCCGCUGCUCGAGUCUCCCUUCCAUCGCCUCCUUAUUCAUGCCACGUGCCAGUUCUACGGCCUCAACUCCAAAAGUCAUUUCGACGCGACUCUCAAGUACAAAAUCAUGCGAAUUCGCCGACCAUCCAAGCGCCAUCGCCACCCAGGCAUUUCUGUAUCGAUGUCAGCGUUUCUGAAGCACUGCCGUGGGUUGCUUCCGCCCGCACUCGUCGUCGACAACCAACUCGACGAAAGCGCUCCCCCGUCGUCUGAACUGGACGAGAUCGACGACAACGGGUUCUGCCUCGUUGGCUCCAGUGAAGCCAUCGCAGUAUAGUCACAUCUAUGAAUGCACAUGGGAGCGCAUGGUUUGUCGGCUGCAUCACAACCACGGUUGAAGACCAACAGUCAUUUUAGCCGUUGAUCUCCGUCGUCGUCCUGUUCAUGCGCGAUGAGGAGUUCUCGAUAUGCAGACAUGCUGUACUGUUGCUUGGAUG